CCAUGAGGUUGACAAGCUGUCCCUGCAAAACUGCUCAUUGUGACAAAAUAGAGGAAACAAAGACCUGCUGGGUUCUCAGGAUUAGGUGAUGGAAUUGGAACAUGUAAAAUAAGUAAAAAAAACUUCUUGUAUAUAACUAGACCCAAGUCAAUGGAAAGAGUCAACCAAACCAGCAGUGUCUCUGAAUUCAUCCUCCUGGGACUCUCCUCCCGGCCUGAGGACCAGAUGCCACUCUUUAUCCUCUUCCUCACCAUGUACCUCAUCACAAUAAUAGGGAACCUGCUCAUCAUCCUGGCCAUCCGCUCUGAUCCCCACCUCCAGACCCCCAUGUAUUUCUUCUUGAGUUUCCUGUCGUUCACUGACAUUUGCUUCACAACAACCAUUGUCCCCAGGAUGCUGGUCAACUUCUUGUCAGGGAAGACCAUCCCCUAUGCUGGGUGACUGACCCAGAUGUAUUUUAUAUAUGCUUUGGGCAACACUGACAGCUGCCUUCUAGCAGUCAUGGCCUUUGACCGCUAUGUGGCCAUCUGUGACCCCUUCCACUAUGUCACCAUCAUGAGCCAUCACUGCUGUGCCCUCCUGGUGGCCUUCUCCUGCUCAUUGCCUCACCUCCACUCACUCCUACACACACUUCUGCUGAAUCAGCUCAACUUCUGUGACUCUAAUGUUAUCCACCACUUUCUCUGCGACCUCAGCCCUCUGAUGAAACUGUCCUGCUCCUCCACAUUUGUCAAUGAAAUUGUGAUAAUGACUGAAGGGUCUGUUUUUGUGGUGACCCCCUUUCUAUUCAUUGCUUUCUCUUACACCUAA